AGAAUCAUGCGGAGCAGACGACUUCCGAUGUGAUAAUGGUAAAUGUAUAGAAGCAUCCCGACGUUGCGACCGCGUCGUCGACUGUCCCAAUGAAGAAGAUGAACAGCAGUGCGAUUGCAGAGAAGGCGAAUUUCAAUGCUUAUCAGAUGGAUCAUGCAUUGAGGGUAGAAAACAAUGUGAUGGUAUCAACCAUUGCAAAGAUAGCUCCGACGAGCGCGAAUGUGUUACUCGAAACUUUAAAUGCAGAAGUGGCAAGUUAAUUCCCGAUUAUCUAAGAUGCAAUCGCCGUUACGAUUGCCCACCGGGAGAUUAUUCCGAUGAACAAAAUUGUCCAUGUGGUGAAGGCGACUUCCAAUGCGAUAACGGCAACUGCAUACCUGCAUCCAAAUAUUGUGACCGAACGCAUGAUUGUCAGGAUGGUUCUGAUGAACGAGAUUGCACUUAUGGCACAGCAUGCAUGGCUUUUCAAUAUAAAUGCUCGAGUGGACAAUGCGUACCAGCUGAGUCCAUAUGCAACGGGACCAAGGAGUGCAAUGAUUGGUCAGAUGAACAAAACUGCCCUUGCAAAAGGGAAGAGUUCCAAUGUCAUGAUGGUACUUGUAUAAAUAUCGCACUGCGAUGCAACGGUCACAGGAACUGCCACCCAAAUGGGGAGGACGAGUUCAACUGCGCUGCGCCGCCAUGUCCACCUGAUUACUUCACUUGCGAUGCAUCUUCGUCAGUAAAAUGCGCCCAUCGGUGCGACGGUCAGGUUGAAUGCGAUGGUGGAGAAGAUGAAGAUCAAUGCGAUGAGUGCAGUCACCAGUGCGAUGGAGGAUGUUUGGACGAAGCGAAAAUAUGCAAUGGCGUACUAGACUGUAGAGACGGCUCCGAUGAACUAGAAUGCGACCUCUGCGAUGGACCAACUGACUUCAGAUGCAAGAGCGGUGAAUGCAUCAAUUCCGCACAGUACUGCAACGGUAUUCCGGAAUGCUCCGACGAAAGUGACGAGGAGAACUGCAACAAGACUAUGUUCUCUAAACCAGGUACAGGAAUGCACCAGUGAAGAAUACCAAUGCCGGGACGGCUCUUGUAUCAACAGUAUGUUCUUUUGCGACGGUCAACGUGAUUGCAAUGACAACUCUGAUGAAGAAAACUGCCGCUGUAACGCUGACCAGUUCCAGUGCUCCAAUGGACAGUGUAUACCAUCGACCGCAUUCUGUGAUGGUCAGCGGGACUGUCCGGAUUUCUCGGAUGAACUCGGGUGCCCAGCAGUGACGCGCCCAUGGACGACCACCAUACGCUACGAACGACCAGAACCAACGACGCCCACCACCACGACUCAACGCUUCACCACCCGGCCCGUCACAACAGAAUCCAGUGUGUGGGAGCCGAGACCCACCGACAGAGAAAAUGGCUAUAACUAUCCUUACCCAGUUCCUCCAAGAAACCAAUACCCGUCACCACAAGAUGGGUGCAAGCGGAACGAGUGGCGUUGUGAAAACGGCCCAUGCAUUCAAUCAUACCGGCGUUGCGACGGACGUAUCGAUUGCCCGUUUGACAGCAGCGACGAGCUGGACUGCCCGCCAGGCAGUCCAGUAGCAUUGAACUUGAAGACUUAUCCACCAGAGCAAGUGGUUCGAGAUGGAGGUGAUGUGGUGUUCCAAUGUCGCGACGAAGGUCCCCAGAGGGCUCCCGUCAGGUGGAUAAGAGAAGGAGGUCGACCACUAAAGCCUGGAUCGAUUGACAAAAAUGGACGAUUAGAUAUGAACCAAGUAACGACGUCAGACAGUGGAACUUAUAUUUGCCAAGCGGUGAACUAUGUAGGAUAUCCUGGUUCUGAGAUAAGGGUAGUUCUUAACGUGGAUGCAUCGCCUGUCACGUUGAGACCACCAGGUUUGACCUGCCAAGCAUUUGAAGCCACCUGCGGCAACGGUCAAUGUAUACCAAAAUCGGCUGUUUGCAAUGGUGUCAUUGAUUGUGUGGACAGAAGUGACGAGGACAAUUGCUUUGUGAAUGGCAAAUGUGAACCGAACCAAUUCAAAUGCAACAACAAUAAGUGCGUCCUGAAGACCUGGCAGUGUGACUCUGAGGAUGACUGCGGUGAUGGUUCAGACGAAGUAGACUGCGGUUAUGUCAGUCCAGGACAGUGCAGGACGGUCGAGUUCACGUGCGCCAGUAACGACCAGUGCGUGCCCAAGAGCUUCCAUUGUGACGGCCAGAGCGAUUGUAUGGACGGAUCUGAUGAGAUCGGAUGUGCCCCCGUUUACGUGACUUCGCCUCCCAAGCCGUCUAAUCUGUACCUCAAUGUGGGUGAUACUCUGAUUCUAAAUUGCUCGGCUACCGGCGUUCCGUCACCGGUUAUCACAUGGAGACGCAACUGGGGUGAUGUACCAGACACUUGCACCAUGCAAAACUUGAACUCGAAUGGUCAAGUCGUUGGCAUCCUCACCUGUCUAAAUAUGUUGCCUGAAUACAACGGUGCUUACUCAUGUGAGGCUAUGAAUAAUAAAGGCACAAUAUUUGCUGUACCUGACGCUAUUGUUUUUGUCAAUCAGAGUAGCGUAUGUCCCAAUGGUUAUUUCAACAGUGAGGCUCGCUCCGAAAGGGAUUGUAUCCGCUGCUUUUGUUUCGGCGAAUCAACACAAUGUCAUAGCGCAGACUUAUUCACGUACAAUAUGCCUACGCCACUCGGAGAAGGCGGCACCAGACUGGUCGGUGUGAAAAACGCAGCCAACGGCGAAGUACAACUUGAUACCCAACAUAUCACUGAACAGUACUAUUACCAACCUCUGAGGAACGGCGCGACUGUUACGAAACUGGCUCGUUUCAACUCUUGGGGUUGGUCUAACACCUUGCCGUAUCUUACACUGCCGGAAACAUACAACAGCAACCAACUAACUUCGUAUGGUGGACACAUUCGCUACAGAGUUACUCCUCAUAACUUUGGGUCUGAUGUUAGCGGACCAGAUGUCAUUAUUAAGGGAAAGUACCAAAACUUGGUGCAUUUUAACCGAGGCAGUCAGUCUGAAAUUGAAGCUCGUCUUACUCCUGAAAACUGGCAAAAACCCAGCUCAAGAGGACUUAUGCCUGCCACAAGGGAAGAUAUUAUGAUGGCUUUGGACGACAUUGAGAUGAUUCUACUACGCGCGAGUGUGAAUAACGCUGGUGUAAACAUCACGGACUUUGUUAUGGAGUCAGCGCGACACAUCAAUAUGGGUCUCGGUGUCGCCAGUCUCGUAGAGGAAUGUACUUGCCCGCCAGGCUAUGAAGGCCUCUCUUGUCAGAAAUGCGCACCCGGAUAUGCACGAGAGUCUUCAGGAGCGUGGCUUGGCAACUGUGUCCGUGAAAGGCCUACUUGUCCAGCUGGCACGUAUGGUGAUCCAGCCAGUGGCUACGCCUGCCGUCCCUGUCCUUGCCCACUCACCAACCGGGAAAACCAAUUUGCUAGUUCUUGUGCAAUCAGACCAGACGGAAACGUCGUUUGUGAUUGUGCUUCUGGGUAUGAAGGCCCUAAUUGCGAAUACUGUGCACCUGGCUACGUUGGCAACCCGCUGCUUCCUGGUGACUCUUGCAAGGCGGUGCCUACCUCUACAUGUAACCCCAUAGGAACCAGUCAUAUACGGCUACCCGACGAAUGCGAGUGCAAAGACAACGUACAAGGCCCUUACUGUGACGAGUGCAAGAAUGAUUCAUUUUAUCUCUCCUCUGAUUUCAGACAAGGAUGCGCUCUAUGCUUCUGUUCGGGAGUAUCCCAGCAGUGUAGCAGCAGCAACCUACGUAGAAGUACGACAACUGUUAUCUUCAACACGCCCGACAUCGUCAACAGGCUCCGUGUAUACAACAGCGCUCCCUUGGGCGGCCAAGAAGCGGCCAGAUACAACGCGCCCACCGAGACCAAUCUAACAGCUGUACUCGCUGCUGGAGAGGUCACGCUUACAGAUUUCGACAGAUCCAAACCGAGUAUCUAUUAUUGGAGCUUACCUGCAAACUUUGCUGGUGACAAAAUGACUUCGUACGGUGGCUAUCUCAGUUACACGCUGCGCCAUGUUCCCUUCCCGGGAGGAAGCAGUUCUAAAAACAACGCUGCUGACGUGCAACUUGUUAGUGAAAAUCGUUUGACAUUCCAUUAUUUCGGCAAUUUUGAGCCUGAUUUCAACGGUAAUUUGGAAGCACGAGUGCAAUUCUUGGAAAAAGGAUGGCAAAGGCCCGACGGAAAGGAAGUGUCUCGUGAACAUUUCCUUUUAGCGUUGGCUGAUGUAAAAGCUAUUCUGGUAAAGGCAACGUACACAACCAACUCACAACUGGCCUCUCUAAUGAGCGCAAGCAUUGAAACAGCAGAACCUAACGGCAAUGGACCAGCAGCGUUACACGUUGAACAGUGUGUCUGCCCUAGAGGGUACAUCGGAACUUCAUGCGAAGAUUGCGCGCCUGGAUUUACCAGAUACGAAAGUGGGCUCUAUCUCGAGCAUUGUGGUCCAUGCGAAUGUAACGGCCACUCGAAUAAAUGUCACCCAGAAACUGGUAUCUGUACGGACUGUCAAGACAAUACAUAUGGCGAUAACUGCGAACAAUGUAAGCCUGGCUUCAAACGUGACAGAGCUAACAACUGCGUGCCUGAUUAUGUUCAGCGACCACCGCCACCUGAAAAUAUCUGUGAUCCCCGCGGUUCAGUCGAUCCUUACGCCCGCUCCGGCUAUUGUGAAUGCAAGCAGAAUGUGGAAGGUCAGAACUGCGACAGCUGCCGUCGAGGCACUUUCGGCCUGGAUGCCAACUAUCCCCUCGGUUGUUACGAAUGCUACUGCUCAGGAGUUACUUCUGACUGUUAUGAGGCUUCUUCUCAAUAUUACCGUAUUCCGAUGGCAGCACCAAUCUUUGGUCCUGAUUAUGGUGGCUACAAACUGAUGGACUUGAACGCUGAACGCGUUGUCAGUGAUCACAUAGUCUCCAUGCCCUUGAAUAGCGAGCUCAUGUAUGUCUUCGACUUCCCACCGGAUGAAGAGCUUUAUUGGUCCCUGCCCAAUUUCCCAGGCAAUCGAGUGCUUUCCUAUGGUGGUACAUUGCAGCUUAAACAAAAAUUCGAGAGUCGUGCAAAGUUCAUCGCAGAACCUGGAACUGACAUCAUCUUGGUCGGCGACGAUAAAUCUGUAUACUGGACAAACCCUGAACCUAUCACAGCUGGACAAGUCUUUAGCUUGCAAGUGCCGUUAACUGAGAGUAAUUGGUUCCUGCUAAAUUAUGCGACACCAGCUAGCCGCAGUGACUUCAUGUCUGUGCUACGUAAUCUUAGAAGGGUACUAGUUCGUGCAACACUCGUAAGGAAUAUUGAGUCAUCUUCUAUUGCCGACGUUUCAAUGGACACUGCUGGAGAACAACGACUGGCCGUUCCAUUAGAUUCCUCGUCGAGAGCUACGUCCGUAGAGGUGUGCAUGUGCCCUGAGGAAUACAGCGGCACUAGUUGUGAGCUGUGCUCUAAUGGACAUUACCGAGACCAGUAUAGUCAAUGCCAACGGUGUCCCUGCAACGGCCACGACUGCUACCUGACCACCGACUCGCAAGUCGUCUGUAACUGCCGCCCGCCUUAUAGUGGCAGGGAUUGCUCUAUACUCGGAUUGGUAAUGGAACUGCAUCCAACUUUAUUGGACGUCGGUGAUGAAUCGGUGUACCGCCGAGUUAUAAUUACGUGCAAGUAUCGCGCUCCAGAGCCACUCACCAUAAUAUUCUUCGAAGAGGGUCGGGAAGUUGGAGUUCCCAAGUACUAUAAUGAGUCAAGGCAAGAAAAAGACGGAUGGCACGGAGAACACGAACUGUCCGCGUUGUGGGAUACUCGCCACAAACCUGUCUUCGAAUGCCAUACACUCACUAGACAAGGAUACACACUAGGGCUCUUAUCGACAAGCCUCCCCGAGCCAGGAGGGGAAUCGAGCAAGGUAACAAAUGCGACCACUCGUCCACCGCCGCCGCAGCCUACGGUGGUAGUCUACAUUACAUCACCAACCAUCAAAAUCCAAGAAGUGGGCAGUAGUGUGAACUUCACAUGUUCAGCACAGAGUCGUAUGACAAGGGCCGAUCUUCCAAUCACUUGGUCUAAGGUGGAUGGAUACUUGCCUCAGGGCAGGACUAUCAUAGACAAUAAUGCCGGCAUGCUGCUUAUCACCAACCUACAAAAAUCAGACAGCGGAAAAUAUAUCUGCCAAACCAGUGACGGCAUGUCUACGGCUCAGGCGUAUGCAACACUAAAAGUACCCGGUAACGACAUGACCCUACCUACUGUGGAAAUAAGACCACCAAUAAACGACUACUUUGAAGGCGAGAGGGUACAACUUGAGUGUGUCACUAGCGGCAACCCUGCACCUCAUAUCACCUGGCAGCGAGCCUCCGGUCGACCACUACCGGUGUCUAUUGAAAUCAUCGACGAUCUGCUUAUCAUCGAAAAUGCACGUGAAGAGGAUUCUGGCGAAUACAGAUGCAUAGCGACAAACAGUCUCGGCUCGGUGGAUCGUACGGCGAUAGUGAACAUCCGCCCGAGGCCUGCAGCGCCGACGCGCGAUAAACUCACCGUCUCACAGAACUCGCCCACAGUCACCGAGGGGCAGAAUACACGAGUCACCUGCACAGGAACAGCCAACGUACCGGCGGGCACCAUUGACUGGGUCCGGCAAGAUGGCACCGAGCUCGAGUCUAACGUUCGAUCUGUGAACGGUGUUCUGUACAUUGAUUACGCGCGACUUAGCAACCAAGGUGUGUACGUGUGUCAGACCAGCUCGUACGACGUGCAGCCAGUGCGCGUAGUGGUCGCCGUCAUACCACAAGGAACACCUAGACCAGAGGACCAGUCCAACAUCACUGUGUCCGUCGACAGCCUGAAGAUACCCUCCGGUGGAAGCGGAUCCGUUGAAUGUACACCUAGGGGCUAUCCGUUGCCACAAAUCACUUGGAGAAAGUACAAUGGAAAGUUUGGAGAUGGUGUCAGCCAACGCCAGAAUACGCUCAUCAUAAGGAACGCACGCGAAGAAGACCAAGACUAUUACCUGUGCGAGGGUAUAGUAGACGGGCGACCGGUUGCCAACAUCUACGUCUACGUUGAAAUCGAAAAACGCGAGGAGCCACAAAUCGAGAUCUGGCCACAAGGUGAACAAGCAGUGACCUUAGGUAGUCCUUUCGAGUUGCGAUGUCGUAUUGGCGCAGGAGUGCCGGAACCCGACGUCACGUGGAGCCGAAACGGUGGGCGAGCAUUACCGCCGCACGCUCAGAUACUUCCAAAUAAUAUACUCAAAUUUGAACGCAUUGAAGUGAACGACGAAGGUGAAUAUUCGUGCUCAGCAUCAAACGUGGCAGGAACGGCGACCGCGAGUGCGACGAUCAAGGUUCACUCCCAGCCUGAGGUGACGGUCAUGCCCAGCGACUACAUAAAUGCGGUAUACGGUGAUCCGGUCAUUGUGGAAUGCAGAGCUAGUGGAUAUCCUCUUCCUAUGGUCAGCAUCAAAAGUAACCCUGAAAUGCGGGAGAUAGUACCACCGACACCCGGAAUGGCGGUGCUCAAUAUCUUGUCGGUGAGUGAUCGUGAUGACGGUUACUAUAUCUGCUCGGCGUCAUCUCCCGCCGGUACCAUCGAGGAACAAUUCGGCAUUCGUGUCGACAGAGGCGACGGCGGCUUCGGCGGCGGCGAAGGCAGUGGCGACGUUGGUAUCAACCCCGGCUACCCUGAUAACUCCUACAACCAACAACCAAAUGAUUUAAUCGCUAAAGAAGGACAAACCAGCCGAAUAACCUGCAACGUCUCCAACGAUGAAUAUGAAGUCAGGUGGAGUCGUGGUGAUGGCAGUCCAUUGCAACCGAAUGCAGAACAAAUGGGCGCGGAGCUUGUCAUUAGAAAUACUUCCAAAUCGGACGCAGGAUACUAUACAUGCGGAUUAUACGACCGGUAUACAGACGAAGUUCAGCAGUCCGCGUACACAAGCCUGAUAGUUUUGUCCCCGCCGCGUAUCACGCUGAAGCCGCCCUCGCAGACAGUGCACCCCGGCGAAUCACCCACGGUCGAGUGCGUCGUCGACGGCGAUGAAAUACAAGAGGUCACCUGGCGUGCUGUCACCAGACCUUUCUCCAGUCGAGUUGAAAUCAACCGUUCAAGAUUAAUAUUCAAUCGCAUCGAAGUAGAGGACGCUGGCAAAUACGAGUGUUUCGCUUGGAACAGAAUUGCUAAUGCCUCAGCCUCGGCCGAGGUUAUCGUCAGCGCGGAUACCGUUCGGGCGGCAUCGGAGUCGCACGAUAACGAACAGUACGCGCACGUGGGUGCGGCCGUGCAGCUCUCGUGCACCACACGAGCACAGUACCGUGUCACCUGGACCAAGAACGGAAGACCCCUCCCUCGCUCCGUCGUGCAACGGCCCGAUGGCUCGCUCUACAUUCGCCUCGCACAGAAAACUGACAGCGGCCACUACGUAUGCGACAUACACGACCAAUACGGAAGACGCACUAGCAAUUACAUCGACCUGCACAUAGACGGUCCCCGUGAAGAGCCCCCUCCUCUGGUUUCCAUCGACCAGCCUCGCACCCCAUUCAGGGUGGGAGAAAAUGUUGAGGUGCUCUGCCGAGCGAGAUCUAGAGGCAACCGCGUCUUUUGGGAAAGAUAUGGCACCAAUCAAUUCGUGGAAACAAGGAAUUAUGGUGACGGUGCCAUGCUACUCGUGCCUAGUGUUCAAGAAUCAGAUGCUGGUCUAUAUAGAUGCACAGGACAAGAUCCUUAUGGUCGCAGCAGCUAUGAAGACUUCAACUUAGAAGUACAACCAGGAAAUCCCGUCAUGUACCCAGAGAAUCCAUCUGAUGACGUAGCGAUGUAUGUAGCUAAGCUCGGCGAUAACGUGGACAUGCCGUGCACUCACAACUUGGAGCAACCCGUUUCCGUCGAAUGGAGAAGGCAAUAUACACCGUUACAGCCUGAAAUCAGACCUUAUGAGCCUAACCUUCACCUGCAACGUAUCACAGAAGCUGAUGCGGGCACGUAUAUCUGUCGCGUGAGUAACAGUCGCACUGCGGUGGAGACGCGUGCUAUCCUGCGUGUUAUGGGAGUGGUACCUCGAUUCGACGGCAACGGGUGGAUCGCCCUGCCCACACUCAAGGAUGCCUAUAAACAGUUCGACAUUGAAAUCUCUUUCAAACCAAGUGAUGGAAAUGGCCUGAUUCUGUACAACAGUCACAAACAAGAUCGCACCGGCGAUUUCUUAGCUCUACAAUUGGUCGACGGCGUGCCUCAAUUUGUCCUGGACAUUGGAGCUGGCCCGUUAGUGGUGAACGGUGACCGUCCUCUACAACUCAACGCAUGGCAUACCAUCCGCAUCAGCAAGACCAAUUCUAGGGUGAUGAUGGACGUGGACAACAACGGUCCUUCUAUAGUGACAUCUACUGGGUGGGAGCUGCUUGAGCUUGCGGAGCCGCUUUAUGUUGGCGGCGUCAGAGACUACGACCAGCUGCCCGCAGCACUCGCCGGCGCAUCUGGGUUCAUGGGCUGUGUGAGCAUGCUAAUCCUGGGCAGAGAAGAGAAGAACAUAAUGUUGGAUAGUUUGGACAGAUCGAACGUACUGCAGUGCGACUCUUGUAUCCCCAACCUAUGCAGCGAGAACGGAGUGUGCCAGGAGGCUCGCAACGAACGUGGCUACGUGUGUUUGUGCUCUGCCGGAUUCGCCGGUCUGAACUGUGAUGGUGCCGGUGAGGCGUGCCGGCCCGGACUGUGCGGACCAGGACGAUGCAUCGACACAGCACACGGGUACAAGUGUGCCUGCCCUGUUACUUACAAAGGCAAAAACUGCGACGAGAAGCAGACCAUCGAAUACCCAGCGUUCACUGGAAGUGCAUACUUAGCAGUUAAAGCACCGAAAUUCUCCCGCUUGUUCCGUAUGUCGAUGAAAGUGAAGGCGACGGCACCGGUCUCCGAUGGUAUCAUCAUGUACUGUGCAGAGUCCCCGAGAGGAUACCGAGGGUUCACAGCUCUAACUGUACACAACUCAAGACUGGAAUUCAUUUAUGAUCUCGGAGACGGAAGUAGACCUGUGAUACUGACUAGCAACAGAACGCUGCCACCUAACGAAUGGACGGAUGUGCACAUCGGCCGUGUCGGUUCUGUGGUCUCAUUGAAAAUCAAUCUCAUACACAAUUUCGAGGACAGAUUAGAUUCUGCUAAAACUGAUUUGAAUCUGGAGACGCCGCUAUUUGUGGGUGGCGUGGAUGACUCCAUUGUACUCAACAAGAAUACAGGCGUCACUGGAGGCUUCAGUGGGUGUAUCAAGGACGUAAUGGUUUACAACGACGCGGUCGACAUCGUUGGCUCCUCAAUCCAAUCGGCGAACGUGCAAGAAUGCAGCAACUACGACCGCGGUGAUAUACCUGAAAUAGAGAGUGUGUGCUCACAAUGUCGCAACGGUGGCGAGUGCAGUCCCGAUAGCACCGUCUGCGUGUGUCCAUCAGGGUUCUCUGGUCGGUAUUGCGAGAACCGCGUGCCCCUGACGGCGCGCCGCCCCCCCGGCGACCCCUGCAACGCACAGCCUUGCAGGAACGGAGGCUCCUGCAGACCGGACUUCACCACGCGCAUGAACUACACGUGCAAUUGCCCGUUAGGAUAUGCUGGCGCCAAUUGUCAGAUGCCGCUCGAGCUGUUUCAAAGUGUAGGCUUCAACGGCAACGGUUACCUGGAGCUUCCAGCCGACCUCCUGCGGUACGAUAACCUCGACCGGGAGCCCGCGGAGAUAGUGAUGGCUUUCAACACCAACAGCGACGGCGUUCUACUCUACCAGAGGGAGGUGCAGCAGCCUAUUAACUACGAUUUCAUUCUACUACGAGUGGAGAACGGUGUGGUCGUACUGGAUUGGGAUCUGGGCAGUGGUGAGUCCACACUCACCAUCGAUGAUGUUUACGUGACUGACGGCGACCGACACACGGUGAUCGCGAGGUUCUCCGAAUACUAUGUAUCGUUGACGGUGGACAGCUCGAGUAAGAAUGGAACAUCGGUCGGCUUCUCCAACAGAGUUGACGCUAACUCUAAUAUAUAUAUAGGUGGUAUACCCAGUGCAUUCAAUGUGAACAAGUAUCCUGGUCUGAAUGGGUGCGUGGAACAGGUAGAGCUGAUGGGGUCAGACCGCGGGAUUAACCUUGGCCACACCGCCGUCACCGGCAGGAAUACGCAGCGAUGCAGGAAGUUAGUAUCACGUCAUCGUAAUACCUUCAACACAUAA